AUGAUUAAAAUAUUCAUAUCUCUGCUAUUUCUAGCAGUUGCGACAUCACAGUACUGUGGUCGUUUUACAGGGGACUGUACUGGGUUCCUAAGUUUUGGUCGUCGUACUGUUUAUUCUUUUGGUGUUGUGGACAAUGUUGUAAUCGAGAUAAGAGAAAGUCAUCGCUACUACUUGUCUUCAACUUGUAACGACAAUCCUGCCCUUAUCACUACUGCAGUCUACGAAACUGAGGUGAAUGAUACAGAUAUUGAUUACGCGGGAGACUAUAUAUCCCAUUUUUCUGUUGUAUCUGAUUACCUCAUUGUAUCAUCAAAUGUGAAUGUAUUGUCGACUCUGGGUGUAACCUGUGUCCCCUCUUUGUCGAAUGACGUCGAAGUCUCCUUGAAACGUACUGUUUGCACUUCCUCCAACGGAGUCAUCCAAGGCUCCGACUUCCUAGGCUCCAACACCACCUUCUACGUGAAGUUCCCCUCCUCCAAAGAAGUCCGCAUCUCCCGCUUCUACCCAAUCAUCGAGCCCUCCUCCCUCAAAAAGCUCGACAACGAAGGCUGCGUCGGCUGUCCGAGCGAGUCCAUCUGGUCGUCCGCAGCCAUCGGCUAUCAAGUCCGUGGAUUUUGUUCCGAGACACAACACGGCUAUCUCUACCGCUCCUGCAUCAUGGGCGAGACCGGCAACGGCAUCUGGGCCGACGAGCUGACUUCGGAAUGCGCGGAUCUCGAGGCCGAUCCGCAGCUGGAAGUGGGAGAAGCGUUCUUCCACGCGCUGCUGCGAAUCGAAAUCGACCCGAGCGAGUUCGUCGCGGACCAGCAUUUCUACAUGUACGAGCAGCUGCUGGAGUAUGUGCGAGCGAACGAUCUGCCGACGGCCGCGCUGCUGAUGGAGCAGGUGAAGAACGUGGAUACGAUGGAGUCGAUGGGAGAAAAAGGGAAGCCGGUGGAGGUUUGGUUCCGCGUGAUGGGAGAGAAGGAGAAGGUGAAGAAGACGAAGAGUUCGGUCGAGACGAUUGUGGAGAAGGGGACGCUGCAUCGGAGAAUGAUCGCGUAUGAUUCGCGAUGGUUCGAUGCGAAGAUCGAGCUGGGAGGGGAGAUCGAGAUGACGUCGAAGGUCAAUAUUGGAGCCAUUGUUGCUGUUUGUGUGGUCGUCGUCGUGGUUUUGGUGGUGGUGAUUGGAGUGAUCGUCUGGGUCGUUCGCAGGAAGCGGAAGCAGCCCGCUGCGAUGGCGGUGGAUGUGGAGAAGGGCGCGGAAGAGAGUUAUUCGGAGGAUUAUUCGGGAUAUUCGUAUUCUGAGGAAACCGAGAGCGAGUAGUUUGUACGUUUAUGUA